AUGUCACCAGCGACAAGUUCCGCCGACUCCUCAGCCCUCGAAUCCGAGCCUCUUCUUUCUUCCCGCUCCACUUCCACUUCUACCGACUCACUCUCACUCUCACUCUCACUCUCCUCUCCGCCCUCCAAACCCUCCCGCCAAAUCGAAGAUGACACCAUCCCAGAAACGAGUACUCUAGGCCGCAACCUCUCCUGGUCCAGCGCAUACAUUCUCGUUAUCUCCCGAGUCAUUGGAUCCGGCAUCUUCGCAACCCCGGGUCCCAUUCUCAAAACCACGGGUAGUAUUGGUCUGGCUCUUCUGCUCUGGGUCGCCGGUUCCCUGCUCGCUUGGCUGGGCCUUCAAAUCUCCCUCGAAUAUGGUUGUAUGCUUCCUAGAUCGGGCGGCGAGAAGAUCUACCUCGAGUUCACAUAUCCACGACCGCGGUUUUUGGCUAGUACCUUGGUUGCUGUACAGGCAGUCUUACUAGGUUUCACGGCAAGCAAUUGCAUUGUCUUUGGCGAGUACGUACUCUUUGCGUUUGGAAUCGAGGGCACGGAAUGGGGGCAGAAAGCCAUCGCGUUAGGCCUCCUCACCUGCAUCACCAUCGUCCAUGGAUGUUUUCUCAAAACAGGAAUCUGGAUCCAGAAUUUCCUAGGAUGGAUCAAAGUAGGCCUCGUUUUAUUCAUGGCACUAACCGGGAUUUUCGUCGUAGUGUUCGGGGUCAACCUUCCACAAACCGAAGCCCCAAUCCCUACAUUGUCGCGAGAGGAUUUUUCAUGGGAAAGAUUGUGGGAGGGCUCGAAUUGGCAUUGGGGCACGUUGACGACGGCUGUGUUCAAAGUCUCGUAUUCGUACGCGGGUCUUUCAAAUCUUAAUAAUGUUCUGAAUGAAGUUAAGGAUCCGGUGAGAACUCUGAAGACGGUUGCUCCGGCGGCUUUGCUCACGGCUUGCUCGUUGUAUUUACUAGCCAAUUUCGCGUACUUGUCAGUAGUUCCGCUAGAGGAAGUAAAGGAGAGUGGACAACUCAUUGCAGCGUUAUUUUUCGAGAGGAUCUUUGGGGAUAUUGGAGGACGCAUUUUAUUACCGUUGGCUGUGGCGAUUAGUGCUGCGGGAAAUGUCAUGGUUGUUACUUUUACACUGGCUCGCGUCAACCAAGAAAUCGCUCGUCAGGGUUUCCUCCCCUACUCCAAAUAUUUCUCCUCCUCCGCUCCUUUCGGUGCUCCCCUCGGCGGCCUAAUAGUUCACUACAUCCCCUCUUUCCUCGUAAUAGCCAUUCCACCCCGCGGCGACGUCUACAACUUCAUCCUCGACGUUGAAGGCUAUCCGGGUCAAUUCGCCGCUCUAGCCAUUUCCCUCGGCCUCAUAUAUCUACGAUAUACCCGUCCCGAUCUCAAAAGACCGUUUAAAGCUUGGUUGCCGGCUGUUUGGAUCCGGAUCACGGUUUGUUUGGCGUUGAUAGCGGGUCCGUUUUUUAAGCCAAAGAAAGGGGAUGCAGAUGUGGGGUUUUGGUACGCGACGUAUGCGGUGGUGGGGGUGGGUAUUGUUCUUUUUGGCGUGGGGUGGUGGGUGCUGGUUUUUUGGGCACUGCCAAGGUGGGGUGGGUAUAGGGUGGAGGAGGAGGUAGAGGUUUUAGGGGAUGGGACGAGUAUUACGAGGUUGAUUAAGGUUAAGGGAGUGGAAUAA